ACACAUUGUCUGUGACCUGUAUCAGUAAAUGAUCUACAUGAUUAUGCGUCAACGGGUUAUGUUUAUUUUGUAUAUUACGUAUACGUGGAACAAAUUUCUUGUUUCUGUUUGAUUAAGUGAUGAUUUUGAAAACACCUGACGUCAUAAGUAAAACAAACAUGGAAACUAUGAAUAUAUACGUGGAUUUAAAGCAAACCCAUGCAUAUCUUGAUAAGGACCCUGGAUUAACGUAUGAAAUACUUUAAACGACAAGAGCAACAGAAUUUAGUGGCAGCUUCAUAAAUCAAACGCUAACAACAGUCAUUCAACAAAUACAUCGUCUGUAAUGUCGAUUUCUGAUAGGACAAAUCACAACGAUAGACCGGAAAUUAAUGAAGCAGAAACAACCGGUGAUAUUCUAGUAGUAACGCGGGAAACAAUAGUACUGGAAGAUACAACGAUAUUGGAGGAUACAACGGUAGCGGAGGAUGCAAAGACGCUCGAGGAUAUGAAACAGAGGCUGUGCGCAAUGUUUCAUCAAAAUGGUAGAGAAAUAUCUGAAGUAGUGAAACGAAAACUUGUUUUACAUUUUGAUGUAAAUAAAACUAUAGUUCCCGUAGAUUCGGCGACCGGUGAAACUGUAGAAGCUGCCUUGAACAUUUAUCUCUCUGGUAUGGCGUGGGGAAAGGAUCGGGAAGGGGUAUGGCAUUCUUCUAGACACGAACCUUCCAGUCGUCCCUUAGACGCCACUGACGUCAGUUUCUAUAAGUUUGAAGAGAAACGUCUUCUGCCUCAGAAAUCUAAAGACAGAGCGGCACUGAGGUAUCAUUUAACGUCGUUCACGGAUCAUCCACAAGGAACGACGUUUAAGCCAUACCUUAAUACUUUGUUGGACACUUUGAAAUGGAAAUUGCCAUAUGACGAAUCUCUACACAAAGAAAUGACCGUUCCUGGAACAAAAUCCAGUCGAUUUCAUUUCAUUCUGCCGUCUUUUUAUACACUUUUGAACUAUUUGAUUCAGGAAGAACGUGAUUUCACUGUAGUAUUUAGAACUUACGGAAGUGACGCAAAAGGCGUUCUUAAGAGUAUCAAAGCAACCAUUGGAUCAAAUAUGCCAUUUUGUCAUAAUUUAGAAAGUCUUUUGGAAGGUUUCUCAGAAGAAGUGCCUAUUUUAAGAAGAGGCGAAGACUUUGGAACUUUUCGGUUUUUAUCGGAAUGUGAAGAUUCGUGUGAAAAGUCGGAAGAAUGUGAAAAUUGUGAAAAUGUGAAAAAUGACAACGAAAUGUACAAUUAUUUCUCAAGUCGGAAUGGAAUAUCUGCGAUAAGGGACGAUUGUGAAGAUUGGUACAAACAUGGGUUUGACCCGACAAGAGGGAAACCUUUGUGGAUUGACCAAUCGGACCCCAGUACUCAUCACAUUUUCUUUGACGACAACAUUCGGCCAGGAAAUGCCGACAGUAUUGUAAAUGUGCGAGUUCGGGAAUCAUCGGGUGACUUCCGGAAUGUGUCCAUGGCGGAAGAAUAUAAUUACGUCAAUACAAAUAUAGUUCCGGUUGUUUUCUCUGAAGCAAUAUUAAAUAAUGACUAUUACAUAAAGAAACUGAAACUGUGUGAGGACAAUUAUUCCAAGGUGCUUAUGUUGUAAACCAUAAAAUGCUCAGUUUAAACAUGACUUUUUAGCUCUGUUUACCAGUAUUAUUAAUACUGUUCAUCCUGUGGAAAAAAAUGACCAAUAUGUCGAUCCUGUCCGUGAUUUUCCUCCUUAUACAUGUAUAACAGAGGCCAAUAAAAGGACACUUCCCAAUUGAAAUUUUUCUUGAAAUCAUGUAGUUUUCCAAAAGAUCUGAUCGAGCUUACUAGCUCCAGCUUAUUUACUUCCCAUGCAAGUUAGCAAUAUAAUAUGAGCGAUGAUUUUUCCUGGGACAUACGAUAUCGUAUGUCCCAGAUUUUUCCCAAAAUCAAGAGGCUGUAAGACCUCUUCCAAAUUAAGUGAGAAAAACCACUGCCAGUUACAUAGUACUUCUCUUUAUGUUUAAUAUAAACUUUAUGCCAUUAUUUAACGUUCACAGCCAAGAAUGACUGUUUAUUAAAUAACCCAUUGUAAAAAUGUAUUUCCUCCUACAUAUUAGAAUGCUGUAUAUAUUCAUUUAAAAUUUGCAUGACUCUUAAAAUGUUUAUAAAGUGUUCCUGGGGCAUAAUAUAAUGUACAGUCUGUAAAAAUGUCUCUGAUUACAUCCCA